ACACCGGAGAGGGGGAGCCACGGAGCCAGGCAGCCAGCCGCGCCGCCGCGUACCGCCGCUGCGCCUGCCCCAGCCCGGCCCGGCCCCGCGGCGGGCGCGAUGAGCCCGAGCCCCAGCCGGCCUGCCGGGGAGUGAGCGCGGGGCGCGAGGGCGCGUUGCGCAGCUGCUCCUGCGCACAACCCCGCCGCGGCCGCCGGCCCGCACCGGCCGUGAGUGUGAGAGGCGCCUCCGGGGCACCGGCGCCGAGCGGAGCAGGAAGCGCAGGCCACGCAGGGACCCAACUGAAACAAAGUGUCGGCCGCCAGGCGGCGGCGCCUCGCCCCAACCCUGCCCCUCCCGCCUGCCCGCAACUCCACUGCCCACCAUGGCUUCCGAGGAGCUGUACGAGGUAGAAAGCAUUGUUGACAAAAGGAAAAACAAAAAAGGGAAGACAGAAUAUUUGGUUCGGUGGAAAGGAUACGACAGUGAGGAUGACACUUGGGAACCAGAACAGCAUCUUGUGAACUGUGAGGAAUACAUUCAUGAUUUUAACAGACGCCACACUGAAAAGCAGAAAGAAAGCACAUUAACCAGAACAAAUAGAACCUCUCCAAACAAUGCCAGGAAACAGAUUUCCAGAUCCACCAACAGCAACUUUUCUAAGACCACUCCCAAAUCACUAGUGAUUGGCAAAGACACUGAGUCCAAAAACAGUCAGUUAUUUGCUGCCAGCCAGAAGUUCAGGAAAAACACAACUCCAUCUCUCUCGAACCGAAAGAAUAUGGACUUAGCAAAAUCAGGUAUAAAGAUACUUGUGCCUAAGAGUCCCAUUAAGAGCAGGACCACAGUGGAUGGCUUUCAGAGUGAGAGCCCUGAGAAGCUGGACCCCAUUGAGCAGGGUCAAGAGGACACCGUGGCACCAGAAGUGGCAGCUGAAAAGCCAGUCGGAGCUUUAUUGGGCCCUGGUGCAGAGCGAGCUAGAAUGGGGAGCAGGCCCCGAAUACACCCACUAGUGCCUCAGGUGUCUGGCUCCGUGACUGCAGCCAUGGCCACGGGAUUGGCUGUUAAUGGAAAAGGUACAUCUCCGUUUAUGGACGCAUUAACAGCUAAUGGAACAACCAACAUACAGACAUCUGUUACAGGAGUGACAGCCGGGAAAAGGAAAUUUCUUGACGACAGAAGAGACCAGCCUUUUGACAAGCGGUUGCGUUUCAGUGUGAGGCAAACAGAAAGUGCCUACAGAUACAGAGAUAUUGUCGUCAGGAAGCAGGAUGGCUUCACCCACAUCUUGUUAUCAACAAAAUCAUCAGAGAAUAACUCACUAAAUCCAGAGGUAAUGAAAGAAGUCCAGAGCGCACUGAGCACGGCUGCUGCCGACGACAGCAAGCUCGUGCUGCUCAGCGCGGUGGGCAGCGUCUUCUGCUGCGGUCUCGACUUUCUUUAUUUCAUACGGCGCUUAACAGAUGACAGAAAAAGAGAAAGCACUAAAAUGGCUGAAGCUAUCAGAAACUUCGUGAAUACUUUCAUUCAGUUUAAGAAGCCUAUUAUUGUAGCAGUAAAUGGCCCUGCCAUUGGACUAGGAGCAUCCAUAUUGCCUCUUUGUGAUGUGGUUUGGGCCAAUGAAAAGGCUUGGUUUCAAACACCCUAUACUACCUUCGGACAGAGUCCAGAUGGCUGUUCCACCGUUAUGUUUCCCAAGAUUAUGGGAGGAGCAUCUGUGCUGGAGGAAUCCAAAGCCCUUGUACGCUGCAACAUGAAGACAGAGUUGGAGCAGGCCAAUGAGAGGGAGUGUGAAGUGCUGAAGAAGAUCUGGGGCUCCGCCCAAGGGAUGGACUCCAUGCUGAAAUACUUGCAGAGGAAGAUCGAUGAGUUUUGAUUGGCAGGCUGCCUGCUGAUGACACUGGAAUUGAAGAGCAGGACAUCUGUGGCUCCAAGGUGCCUGAAUCCAUCCUCACAGCCUGAAACAUGUUCACUCUUAGCUCACGCUUGGAAGCAGGACUUGAAACAUCCAAGCUAUUUAUUAUCAAGGAGUUUUUAAGUACUGUAACUUUAAAAUAAAUAAUUACAAAGCUCCUUUGUCCAAACAUCAUUAUUUUAUACUUAAUAUUCAGACAAGUAUGAGAGUGUAAUGGUGAGCACUAGACUGCUCGUUGCAGCUCUAAUUUCUGCUAUCUUUGGCUUGUACUGUAUAAAGAAGAAAGUGUGUUUUGCUGGUUUGGGGUUGCAGGGAAAGUCUGGAUAAUGUUUGUUUUCUUUAUUUUUUCCUUCUAGAACAGACUCUAAAGAGGCACUAGAAAGCCUCAUCUCCCCUGCCCCAAAUAGAGAUAUAGAAGGAUCUGAGAUGUGCUUUUUUCUCCAAGAAGGCACAGAUAACUCAGAUGAAAAGUCCAAAUCAAAAGUAAGACUUACCUUUUAGGAUAUUUCUGAUGAACAAUCCACUGAUGAACGUGCCCCCACACUAAAGUACACUUAGGAUUUAUGCUGAAAAAAAAAUCAGUUGCUUUUUCCUUCUCUUUUAAUAUAUCUGGUUCUCACCCAGUUAACAUGGAGAAACCACUGUCUCUGGAAGGAAGCUUGUUUUGCAGUCCUAGUGACUCACUGAACAGCCUAAGUAUGGUAUCUAAGCUAUUAGUUAGCCUUAGUGGGGUUUAAAUAGUGUCUUUGACCCUUUUGAAAAAAAUAACUGCAAUGCUUCUUGUUGCUGGGUGAGAAAUGCUACUUUAUAUACAAUUUUGGUUUUCUAUGUGCAGAUAUGAUUGCUGUAUUACACCAAAAAAAAGUAUUUUUAUGUUUAUAAACUGUAUUUUUUAGUUUCACUUAGAAUAUAUUUUAUUUAAUAAGUUAAAAUUCUUUUGGCACACUAUUAAAUGCAGAAACUCCUUUUUAAGAAAAAGAACUACCUUAUAUUCGAUGUUUAAUGUUCUUGGUCUCCGGGUUCAUGUCUACACAAUACACUGAGUACAGUGUGGUGUCCAAGAGUGCCCUACGUAAACAGACAUGCGCACUGCUCUCAGGAGUGGGGCCGAUUCCUGAUUACAGAGGCCUGCCAUUAGGCAGGCUUCUGCGCUUGCAAUCAUAUUGAAUGUAUGAAGAGUGAAAUAAAAUCAAAACCUUAUUUUUGUACAGUUUUAAAUUUUAUACUAGAACUGACCGCCUCCUGGCUGCGUGGAGAGCUGUACAGUGUAUAAACCUGCCUUUACCUGGGAUUGGUUGGUGCAGUAUUUUUGCAUCUGUGGGACCUACUUUUUUGUUCAGUAGUUUGAAAUAUAUAUAAACUGUACAAUCUGUAAAGUUUUUAUAGAAUAAAUAUUCAGCUGUGAAAACUGGUUAAAUAAAACUAAUAUUUCUUAACACA